CCCUCUCAUUUUUCUUCCAAAACUUAUUUUAAUUUUAUUUCACCUUCGAGCGAAAAAGCUCCGGCAGAGCCGAAAACAACCCCAGGAAUGGCAGCAACUGCGACUGCGACUACGAGCCGUGUGGCUCGGCGCAUGGGUGCCGAGGAUGAGAAGUUAGUGUUCGAGACGACGGAAGGAAUCGAGCCGAUAUUGAGUUUCGAUCAGAUGGGGUUGAAAGACGAUCUCCUCCGUGGAAUCUAUAACUACGGCUUCGAAAAGCCAUCGGCCAUCCAGCAGAGAGCCGUUAUGCCGAUAAUCAAUGGUCGUGAUGUCAUUGCACAAGCCCAAUCUGGUACCGGAAAAACUUCCAUGAUUGCCCUCACCGUUUGCCAAGUGGUCGACACGGCUAGCAGAGAGGUUCAAGCAUUGAUCUUGUCGCCCACGAGAGAACUGGCAUCGCAAACGGAGAAAGUGAUACGGACAAUUGGUGAUUUCAUGAACAUACAGGCACACGCUUGUAUUGGAGGCAAAAGUGUGGGCGAAGAUAUAAGAAAGCUAGAACACGGAGUUCAUGUAGUGUCGGGAACACCUGGGAGAGUCUGUGAUAUGAUCAAGAGGAGGACCCUACGUACUAGGGCUAUUAAACUAUUGAUUCUUGAUGAAUCUGAUGAGAUGUUGAGCAGAGGGUUCAAAGAUCAAAUUUAUGAUGUUUACAGGCAUCUUCCACCAGAGCUUCAGGUUUGUUUAAUAUCUGCUACACUCCCUCACGAAAUCUUGGAAAUGACGAGCAAAUUUAUGACUGAUCCUAUAAGGAUCCUUGUGAAGCGUGAUGAGUUGACACUGGAGGGGAUUAAACAGUUUUUUGUGGCUGUUGAAAGAGAGGAGUGGAAGUUCGAUACACUAUGUGAUCUCUAUGAUACAUUGACUAUCACCCAAGCUGUUAUUUUCUGCAAUACAAAACGAAAGGUUGAUUGGUUGACUGAGAAAAUGCGUAGCAAUAACUUUACGGUAUCAUCAAUGCACGGGGAUAUGCCUCAGAAGGAAAGAGAUGCAAUUAUGGCUGAGUUUCGGGAUGGUGCAACCCGUGUUCUCAUUACAACAGAUGUUUGGGCCAGGGGGCUUGACGUUCAACAGGUGUCCCUAGUGAUAAAUUAUGACCUGCCAAAUAAUCGAGAGCUUUACAUCCACAGGAUUGGUCGUUCAGGUCGUUUUGGAAGAAAGGGUGUUGCUAUUAAUUUUGUAAAAAGUGAUGACAUCAAGAUUCUCAGAGAUAUAGAGCAGUACUAUAGUACCCAGAUCGACGAAAUGCCGAUGAAUGUGGCGGAUCUGAUAUAAGAAUGCUUGGAAGGAAUGGUUAUCUUUUUUUUUUUUUGGAUUGGAUUGCAGUUUGUACACCAAGUUGAAGGGUUUGUUAACAAGAGAACAUAUCAGACGAGGGUCAUUUAUCAUAACUGAAAAA